UGAAGAGACUACAUGAGAUCCCGCCUUCGCGCAUGCGCACAUAGUCGUCUUCGCAAGCUAAGUUAAUGGAAAGUUAAAACUUUUCAUCGCACAUUUUUACUUCAUUUUCAUCGGAAAUCAUCAGUUCUUUUUUUGUAAACGUAGUUUACUGGACUUUUAAACGUUUUUUGGGACGUUUCUCAUCAGGUUAGACGUUGUCUACGCCUCCCACUUUCGUUUUUUGAGACGAUUCAGGAAUAUUGUGUUCGCAAGUGAGUCGUGAUUUUCACGGACUCAGCUAUGUCUUUGCACACAGCGGAUUUUGCGUCGUGCGUGUCGGGGGAGUUAGCCGACACUGGACCACUCGUCCCGCCUAGUGAAUCUAAGAGCAUGCGAGGAAAAAAGAAGGAAGUCAAGAAAAGGACUUUGCAAAAAUCAGAUAUCCCGUCGGGGAGUCGAUCGAGUGCUAUGAAGCCUAAAUCUAUGAUUCCGGCGACGGUCUCGAGACCUCCGGAUGAAGCCAACGUUGACGAAAACGUGGAAGUUUCUGCCAUGGAACUUCGCAUGAACAAAAUGGAGGCCAUGCUGGCUCGCGUGGUGGCGGCCAUCCCCGGCCCCGCUCAAACCCAAAGCGGCAACUUUUCAGACGAGUCAGCAGAUUUAGAGGACGUUGAAUCAGAUCACGAGGGGGAGCACUACACAUGUGUCCCAAACAUCGCAGCUAAGUUUGCUGUCCCCACUGGACUGGGGGAACCAGUGGAUGAGGAAAUUGCUAAUUCUGCAUCUUACUUGAUAAUGAACAGAUUGGAGGACAAGGUCCUUGCGGAUACGUCGGCUAAAUACUUGCCCCCAAGUAACUGUGAAUAUUUAGACACUCCAAAGGUAAACUCAGCAAUCUGGGACAAUCUUACUCAGCGUUCUCGUACUCGGGAUUUGAAACUUCAAAGAGUCCAAAGAUCCUUGACCAGAGGACUGUCAGCAUUCACACAGUCUCUCUCAUCCCAAACAAUUACGGAAACACAACAAGACUCCUUGGCUUUGAUUUGUAACGCCAACUUUGAAUUGAACAGCCUGAGAAAGGAGUUUAUCAAGCCAGAGAUGAACGAGGCGUACAGCCAUUUAUGUAAACCGUCCGCCCCAGUCACGAAGUAUCUCUUUGGAGAUGACCUGGGGAAGCGUAUGAAAGACCUCAAGGAGGAGCAACGGGCGGCGGCCGGAGCGGUAAAACAAGACAAGCCCGCUUACCGUUCACACCAGCGAUACCACCCUUACAAACCCCAGAACUUUUCGAAGUUCCAAGACGCAGGAUGGACUUCAUCCGCCGGCCCGAGCAAGCAGAGUUUUCAGAAACCUUCUUACCAGCGUUCAAGUUCUUUCCGCCAGCCUUUUUUAGGCCAGGGGCGGGGACGGGGAAAACCACCCGCUCAACAAAAUCAGCAACAGCACAGCCGACAAGGCCAGAGGAAGUAGCUGCCAUCAUACCCGACGAGAUUAUGCGGGGAUCCUUUAAUCAACAUGGACUAAGUACAGAAACAGUGGACAUUCUCACAGCAUCAUGGAGAUCUUCAACCAAAAAGCAGUAUACC